GGGUGGGUGCACCCCUAUUCACCCCCCAGCCCCGCUGGCUCCAGGGCCGGAGUCGUGACGUCACGGCGGCUGGAAGUGCCCGGCGGUGGCGCGGGAGGGGGUGGCCGAGCGGGCGCCUUAUAAAGCUGAGCCCGCGAGGCGCGCGGAGCCGCAGCAGCACAUCCCCAGUGUCACCCCAUCCCCAUCCCGCCGGCCACCGCCCCCUUGGACCCAGUCACCUCGCCAUCGGGACUCCCCACCUCCCCCCCCCCACCACUGGGGUGGGCAAGCGACAGCUUGAGUGCGGAGCCAAAGGGACCGAACACCUGCUUUUUGAGGUGGUGGCGCGGGGCAUGAGGCGAGGGGCGCGAUGUCGGUGCCGCUGCUCAAGAUCGGGGCGGUGCUGAGCACCAUGGCCAUGGUCACUAACUGGAUGUCGCAGACGCUGCCCUCGCUCGUGGGACUCAACAGCACCGUGUCCCGCGCGGGCUCCUCGGAGAAAAUCACUCUCUUCCAGAGCCCGGAAGAGGGCUGGCAGCUCUAUACCUCAGCCCAGGCACCUGACGGCAAAUGUAUCUGCACUGCUGUGAUCCCUGCCCAGAGCACCUGUGCCCGAGAUGGGCGGAGCAGAGAGCUUCGGCAGCUCAUGGAGAAGGUCCAGAAUGUGUCUCAGUCCAUGGAGGUCCUUGAGCUAAGGACGUAUCGGGAUCUCCAGUAUGUUCGAAGCAUGGAGACCCUCAUGCGGAGCCUGGAUGCGCGGCUCAGGGCAGCAGAUGGGUCAGUCUCAGCCAAGAGCUUCCAGGAACUAAAGGACAGGAUGACAGAGCUGCUGCCCCUGGGCUCAGUGCUGGAGCAAUACAAGGCAGACACUCGGACCAUUGUGCGUUUGCGGGAGGAGGUGAGGAACCUCUCUGGCAACCUGGCUUCCAUCCAGGAGGAAAUGGGUGCCUACGGGUACGAGGACCUGCAGCAGCGCGUGAUGGCCCUGGAGGCCCGACUCCAUGCCUGCGCCCAGAAGCUGGGCUGUGGGAAGCUCACCGGAGUCAGUAACCCCAUCACCAUUCGGGCCAUGGGGUCCCGGUUCGGCUCGUGGAUGACUGACACAAUGGCUCCUAGUGCAGACAGCCGGGUCUGGUACAUGGAUGGCUAUUACAAAGGUCGCCGAGUGCUGGAGUUCCGUACUUUGGGAGACUUCAUCAAAGGUCAGAACUUCAUCCAGCACCUGCUGCCACAGCCGUGGGCAGGUACAGGCCAUGUGGUGUACAAUGGCUCUCUGUUCUACAACAAGUACCAGAGCAAUGUGGUAGUCAAGUACCACUUCCGGUCGCGCUCCGUGCUGGUGCAGAGGAGCCUCCCAGGAGCUGGUUACAACAACACCUUCCCAUAUUCCUGGGGCGGCUUCUCGGACAUGGACUUCAUGGUAGAUGAGAGCGGGCUGUGGGCUGUGUACACCACCAACCAGAACGCGGGCAACAUCGUGGUCAGCCGGCUGGACCCUCACACCCUGGAGGUCGUGAGGUCCUGGGACACCGGAUACCCUAAGCGCAGCGCCGGCGAGGCCUUCAUGAUCUGCGGUGUCCUCUAUGUGACCAACUCUCACUUGGCGGGAGCCAAAGUCUACUUUGCCUACUUCACCAACACGUCCAGCUACGAGUACACGGAUGUGCCCUUCCACAACCAGUAUUCGCACAUCUCUAUGCUGGAUUACAACCCCAGGGAGCGGGCCCUGUAUACCUGGAACAACGGGCACCAGGUGCUGUACAACGUCACCCUCUUCCAUGUCAUCAGCACUGCCGGGGACCCCUAAAUGUCCCUGCAAGGGCUGUGGGGGGAGCCUUCCCACACUGCCUGUGACCCCCCUCAGCCUUCUCUUGGUCGUGCCCUCCCAAGAUUCCUUCUCCCCCAACACCCAGCCCAGGUUUCUGUUCUCUGGAUCUCUAUCCAUGCAUUUUUUUUCCCUCCAUUUUAUUGAUCUCUGCUUUUGAUACUCCACUUCUGAGUCUUUCUGCCUUUUUACGGAUGCUUCUCUUCCUUACUGAUCGCAUCUCUUUCCUCUCCCUCUAUGAAGUCCUCCUCCUCUUUCCUCCUCUCCCAGUUUCCCACGUUCCUUAGCCCUCACUCCCACCCUACCCCUGGAUCUGAGUGCAUGGAUUUUUUAAAAAAAAAUUAUUAUUUACAUAUUUUCUUUCCUGGUUGCCAGAAUAAACGGGACCUUUGACAUUUGA